UAUGUAAUAUUUGGACAAUUAUCUUCAAUCCAAAGGUGGCUAUGAUUAUAAAAAUGUGAAAAGGUAACACAUGAUAUUAUUGUAUAAGAAAUGAAUUAAUGAAAGCAUAAGGAUUUAAAGAAAUGCCAUUCACAAAAACAGGAACAACUAUUGUAGGUGUUCUAUUUGAUGGUGGAGUUGUAAUGGCUGCUGAUACAAGAGCUACAGCAGGAUCUAUAGUUGCUGAUAAAAACUGUGAGAAAUUACACGUUCUAGCUCCAAACGUCUGGGCUGCUGGAGCUGGUACAGCUGCUGAUUUACAUCAUCAAUGUGCUCAUUUUAAUGCUAAACUUAAACUCUAAAGACUCAAUUUAAAUAGAUAAAGCAGGGUGAAUGAAGUCAUCACUAAACUUACUUCUAAGCUCUUUCCAUAUAGAGGUAAUAUUGGAGUUGCUUUGAUUAUUGGAGGAAUUGAUUGUAAUGGACCUUAAUUAGCAUCAGUAUCUCCUCAUGGAAAGUAAAUCAUAAAUAUUAACAUAGUUAUGUUUAUCAUCCUUUCCAAUCUAUGGGAAGUGGAUCACUUGCUGCUUUGGGUAUUUUAGAAGCCAAGUUUUAGGAUGGACUUACCAAAUAGUAAGCUAUUGAUCUUGCUAUUGAAGCCAUUGAAGCUGGUAUAUUCCAUGAUAUGGGGUAAAUUGUUAUUUCUAUUGUUUAUCUAGAUCUGGAAGUAAUGUAGAUGUUGUUGCCAUUACAAAAGAUGGUGCUGAUUAUAAAAGAAAUGUUAGAUAAUACAAUGCUAAAUCAUACUAAAGGCAAAUUCCUUAUGAUUUCCCAAUCAAUAAUACACGUAUUAUUUUAUAUACAUUUUGUUUAGCUGCUCUUAGAAAAUAUUAGUUUGAUAUUGAAAAAUAAGAAUUAACAGAAGUUGGAUAGGAAAUGGAAAUUAUAGAAUGAU